CGCUAGGUCCUCAGCCACUCAGUACUACCCCCCUUUCCCCCUUGGCUCAUGGCCUCCUUGCAGACGCAUCAAUGUAAACCACUUUUGCCUGGUGUCACAUUGGCACAUCCUGGCGAGUCCCUCGCUAGUUACGAUCAUUCAAGACGCCGGAUUUUCAUAGGACCCAUGCCAGAGAAAGAUGCCUCGAAGGAUACCAUCCACACAGACUUGGAUUCAUCCAACAGAAAGGUUACAAAUCAAAUAUUAAGGUGGCUGCAUUCAAGCGAUGAAGAAAGUGAUGGGGCCGACGAAUUGUCCACAUCGUUCCUCCAAAACCAUGCAUAUCGAAGUUUCCUCCACAGAGGUGGGAGAAAGGAAGAUUGGGGACAGCAAGCUGAGACGGAUGAGCGACAGAACAUGUGGAAGCGGUGGCAAGAAAGCGAAUGGGGCGGAUCUUUGACGCAUCACAAAAAGGACGCUGGUACUAGUACCACACAACGUUGGGUAGGGGGAAGCUUCGAAAUCGGAAACGUGUUAGGUGUAAACGUUCUCGACAGCCAUCCGACAUCACUUCUACAGGCUAAUCAAACCUGUCCCGAAGUUCAAAUUGAUGCCCCCUCCCCAACCGAGCCCCCUUCUACGGUAGGCGGUCAAACAUUUGUCACAGCUGGGACAGAGCUUUCUCCUGGCGCAGUUCUUACCUCUCAAGCAUCGAUAUCUACUUCCUUGACUGCUGGCGCUGGUUUCUUCACCACUGGCAUGGCUCCCGAGAAUAGAUCCUCCGCUAACGACAUUAGUACUGCACCCCCAGAGGACCCUCAACGACCUACUAUCCUAAAGGGAAAGAAGUCUUUGGUGCACAUGAGCGCAAAUAAACGAAAGACAUCAUUCUUCAUUGGUGGUCAUGCAACCACUCCAAAAAGCUCGAACUCCCAGCUCGCGCCGGUUGGCUUGGACAAGGGGAAGGGGAAGGAUAGAAGCUUUUACUAUGCUGACGAGGGGACUUCCUCAAACUCGCAGAUCCUAACUGAUGCCAACGAUAUCCCCGCACCUCCUGCGACUGUCCUUGCAAGAAGUGGAAGUGAAGUGAAUGAAACUAGCACAGGAGCUACCUUAAAGACUACCUCACGUGAACACUAUCAGAGUAAAGAGCGGGCAAAUAUCGUACUCCGAGACCGAAUGCUUGUUAGAGUCAGCUACACAAAAUCAGAGUCACUACCUUGCCACUUUGAUGAAGUUCAGAAUCGUACGACUCGUCUUAGAUACGAGGAUUGGGCUGAAUUUCUGGUGGUCUGGCGAGGAGAGCGGCUCGAAAUCUACGAAGACUAUACCUUGCCUGGGAAAGAGCAUAUCACUGGACAUAAACAUCUCGCGUUCAUAAUACCCCUUCAAUCUCAACGAACACAUUCCACCCUUUAUUCCUUCACCGACUUCACUUUCUGUAUCUUGUGUCCACGCGCACCAGUCCGUAACAACCAAUCGAAAACCCAAGCCCUAUUUGAUCGCCUACGAGAAGGGACUAAUGUGUUCGUUUUCAAGCCGAAGUGUCGUACAAGGGCUAUGGACUGGUGCUGGCAGUUAUGGCGUCAUCUGGGCGGCAAAAUACCCACUUCUAUCGAGAUUAGGUGUCCGGCCAUCGGUACACGCGUUGAUUUGGAUGUUCCUGCCGUCGACGAAGUCAAUAUUGACAAGGCCUAUCAUAUGUUCAGUAGGAAAAAUAUCAUCGAUACUGUCAGGAAGUCUCUGGCUUCAUCUUGUGGCUCUCAUGAGGUCGCAUCCCGUGACUGGAACCAUGUAGUAGAACGUAAAAUUGCGGCAGGCACAACCCUUCAGUUAGCGUGGAACUUGGAGGCAAAGCUUGACUGGGUUUGGAAGGAGGAAGAUGUGAUGGGCCAGCCUAGACCGUGGGCUGUCCUCUGCGGGUUGGCGAUGCAACAGGGAACGAAACGAGCACACCUUGAGCUUAGGCUUGGCCAACACUAUCCGGGUACAAUUCACCUAACCGAUGGGACAAAGGUACACGAACCUCCAUGUAUAGAGGGGUAUCUCGAUCGCAUCAAACCCAGCAGUCAAGGUAAACAACAUAUUUACCUUACUUCGCAUGACGGCCACCUUUUUGCCCUUUGGCCCUCGAAUUCUCACGCUCCUGUCCCCCCAAACGUUUAUUUAUCUCGUGCACUAUCGUCGCACCAUAAUGAAUCACUGGAAUACACUCGGGCUUUUCGUGAGGCCGAGGUCGCACGAGGGGCAUCUCAAAUUGCGGCCGCAUUUGAAGCUUUCGACCUGCGGAAUAUAAAGCAGAUCCGCCGGGCGACCCACGAAACCAUCGAUCAUGAUGCUAGGACCCAUGCCACGGCUAUUGUAGCUGGUGGAUCUGUGGGAAACCAAGACAUUCUGACUAACGACGAGGUUGAUAUCGGUGGAGCCGAGGGUCUUGCGCAAGCUCGUGACAAAAAUCAGCUGCGUGUCAGACGCUGCUUCGAAAUCAUCAUGAUAUCUGGGCGCGUGAUCCGAUUUGAGACAUAUUCUUGCCAGACGAGUCAAGAAUGGGUCGACCGACUACGCGCACUUGUCGAAUACUGGACACAGCGGUAUCACACUGGCGCUCGAGAUGAGAUGAAUAUAUCUUACUCUACACGCCAUCGUCCCCCCGUCACUCCGCAUGUUACUAAGCAUGCGUUCUGUAAUGGGGAGAAAAUCCCGACAGCACCCGUUGGAGAUGCAGAAUUUAUGCCCGAACUGGGCUUAUUGUAUCAUUGGUGUAUGCUGGACAACUGUAGAAGCUUACUCAAGAGUGGCCGCGCAUUCACACGGAAGGGGUUCCGGGGACAGUACAAGCUCGUGCAGUUGUUCCUAGUUGCGGGACGUCUCCUUCAAUACCAAGUCUCGCGAAACUCAUUUCUCCGCCAGAAGAGCAGGGAGAUCAAUCUAAUGGAUUGCUAUGUUUGUUCAGGGUACUUGGCUGUUCUUGCCUUACGGCCAGACGAGUAUCACCCUGAAACUCCUAGUGCUGCCCGUCGUUACUUUGACGGAUUCGAAGCCGAUGACCCAGAAGAAGAUGUGCUCUUUGCUAUCUGGUACCGUAAAAGUAGGGACGAAUCUGCGGACAGUGUGCCUUCCCUCUCGGCAAAGCACAAGGUCAUUGUCUUCAGGACAAGAAGCAGAGUUGAAAGGGAUGCGUGGUGUUGGGCGCUAGGGUGCGAAAUCGAGAAGCUCGCUAGGGCAAAUAAAGAAAGGGAAGCGAAACUCAGAGACGCCGGAGGACUUGUAGAGAUGUCUGUUCUUGAAGGCUGAACAUUGUACUACAGACUGUAUUCCACUCAUAUAUAAUGAAGUCGUAGGCCAUG